CAACACCAGUCAGAUGGAGGAGUGGCUCCGAGCCAACAAUCUGUAUCAGAGCAAAGCUGCAGCCACUCUGGAGCCGAUCAUCCAGGCCGCUCAGCUGCUGCAGGUCAAGAAGAAGACCACGCAGGACGCCGACGCCAUCUGCUCGCUCUGCACCGCCCUCACCACGCAGCAGAUCGUGAAGAUCCUGAACCUGUACACGCCUCUGAACGAGUUUGAGGAACGAGUCACCGUGUCCUUCAUCAGGAACAUUCAGAACCGUCCUCAGCAGAGGAAUGACCCCCCUCAGCUCCUGGUGGACACCAAGCACAUGUUCCCCGUCCUCUUCCCGUACACGCCGUCUGCGCUCAGCCUGGAGACGCUGCACAUCCCCGCCUCCCUCGGCCUGGACUUCCUCGUCAGAGUCUGAAGUCUUCAGUUCACCUUCAUGUGCCUGAAACCAGCAGAGACCAGUGAAACCAGCAGAGACCAGUGAAACCAGCAGAGACCAGCAGCAGCAGACAAUCAGAUCACAAACUCUUCUUCUUCUUCUUCUUCUUCUUCUUUUUCUUCUGUUGAGUGUCCCCUGUCCUGCGUCCUCUGACAGAGAUACUGCAGGACGUGUGGACACAGUAAGUACAAGAGGACAGUGUCCCGCAGGAUGAAGAAGGUCAGUGGGAAGUUUCAGGAAAGUCGCAGAGAAAAGAGUCUUCGUAGAUUCACAGAAACAAACGGCUUCCAGAUGUCAGCGUUCCAAAUCAGCCAAUCAGUGAUCAAUAACACGUACUUCCUGUUCGAUCGGAUACGUUCCGUUAAUUCGCAGUUUGAUGAAUCAUCGCGUCACGCUCCUGUUAAAUGUUAAAAAACCAUCCGAGAAUAACAAGAACACAACGUUGACGAAUCUCAACGACCCCUCGAGAGAGUAUUCUCAAAUUUGGCACAAACGUUAACUUGGACUGAACCAUGAACUUGUUUGAUUUUGCAGGUUAAAGGUCACUCCGACCUCAUGUCUGCCUCAUUUUUUAAACAUGACAUGUCAAGAACACCUUGAUGAAAUUUUCUCAAAUUUGGCACAAAUGUUCACAUAAACUGUGACCGGAUAAUAUUUUGGAGGUCAAAGGUCACUGUGACCUCAUGUUGGUCUCAUUUUUAUAAACACUCAUGGGUGCCUUGAGUACGUUUUUUUUCUCAAAUUUGGCACAAAUGUUCCCUCACACUCAGCGAUGAACUCACUAGAUUUUAAAGGUCAAGGUCAGUGUUUCCUCAUCAUUAACAGGAUAUCUCUAGAAUGGCUUGACCCAUUAGAUUUUUGAGGUCAUAGGUCAAGUUCACUUUGACCCCAUUGUGAAAAAAUAUCACAGAUUACAUGGAGAGAAUUUAGUCAAAAAUGACACAAACAUCCACUUUGAAUCACGGUUUAACUGACUGGAAUUUGGUGGUCAAAGGUCACUGUGACCUUGCAUGCAUCUCAUUCUUUUCAGGGUGUAUCCCAAGAUUUUGAAGAUCAAGGUCACUGUUUCUUCAUGUUUGCCUUGAGAGAAUUUCUUCAAAUUUGGCACAAAGGUCCGAUCGGACGGUCAGACAGCUGCAGCUCUGAAAUAUCACAAUAAUAUCUGAACACGAGAGAAUGAAAAUAUGUCUUUAUACUCUGAGAACACGGACGCCUUCAGGCUGGUCGGUGUUUGGUGAUGAAAAAAUGAACUCAAAAACGGAGACUCAUUUUUCUGGACCUGAGUGAAUAAACGAAGGGUAGGAGAAGGAGGAGAAG